AUGCCUAAUUCUUGCUCUGCUUACAAAUGUAAAGAAAGAUACAAAAAGGAGGAAAAAGAGAAUGCGGAAGUUCAGCAGUCGUUUUUCAGGUGAGUCGGAAAGUCAAAACAAUGGUUUCCACUUUAGCGCUUCCGGCGCUUAUUUUCUGCAUAACUUAAUACUACAUAAGCAAUUGCAGAAACAAGUUUACAUUUAAAGGAUAUUUUUAAUAGUAUCAAUGUUUUAUGGAGUUUUUUUUUACGAAUAAACAUUCUUCAUAUUUUUUACUUACUGUUAUAGUCACUGUCAUACAUAGAAAUACAUAUAAUAGUUGGCAGUGAACGAUACAGCAAAGAUUGAAGUAUUGAACUAUUUGGCUAUAAUAUGUUAUCGGUUCUGUAUGUUUAAAACAGAAUGGUUUCUUUGUUUAUAAUUUUUAACAGAUUUCCUUGUCAUAAUGAAGAACUCUUGAGCGAAUGGGUUGCAGCUGUUGGGAGAAACAAUUGGUAUCCAUCAAAAACAUCAGUUCUCUGCAGAAACCAUUUCCUUGAACCAAUUCCAGCACAAAAACGGCCGUUUGCUAGUGAAAGCGACAUCAAUAUUAUAGCUCCUUCGGCUUCACUGGCAUCAUUUUUUUAUUCAAGUGGAGAGGUCCCUUCGUGUAAAGUUUUCAAGCCUGCCAUGUUGCCCUCCACAAAAAUAAAAAAAUUACAGCUACUUGUGAAGAAAAAGAACAAAAAAAUUAAGCAACUCCAACGAAAAUAA